CUUCCUUUUGGAUCGGAUCUGAGGCAAAGAGGGUGUUCAGAAUCAGUGUUCACUCUUUGUUCAGUGGUGUCUUGGUGCUCAAAGACUCCCAAAGUUACUUCCCUUUCUGUUUUCUUUCUUCUUCUCAACAUGCUUGUUCCUCCACCACCACCACCCAUGAACAAAUGAAAACAACAUUUCUUACUCUUCAUCCACAUUGCCAUUUCUCUUAUCUCAUCAGAUUCUUUUUUCUUAAAUGUCAAUUUUAUAGACAUUUUUGUAGGAGAUUCUGUAAUUAAAGAGCUCGUUGAAUGAGUACAUAUUGGUAAUUCACUGUGCUGAGUUGGAUUUUUUAAGCCUGUUCAGAUACCCUUCAUGGAGUCACCUGUUAAUGGAGUAGAUUCCUUAUCAGAGGUUCAGAAUUCAGUUUCUGGGGUACAUCAUGAUCUUCUUUCAUCUGGGACUCCCCGUCCUUCACGGCCUCCCUUGAGAGCAUCUAGAAACCAUCAAACCAAGACCAUCCACCAUCAAAACAGCCAUGUAAUUAAUCAAAAGCAUUCCUAUCAAGAGGGAAACAAUGUGGAGCAUGAAAGGUUGCCAACAAAAUUGUGCAGCAAGCAUCAACCACUUGAUGAUUCCAAGAAUUGUGAGUCAAGUGAUGUGUUAGAAUCUGACAAUUGCAUCUUAGGGCCGUCAAAACGAGUUGUGGCUAAUCAUGCAAGGAGUUACUGCCAGUCAGAGGUUACUUUCUGUCCAAGUCCUCAGAGUAGUUUCUAUUCAGCCACUGUCUAUUCGGAAGCGAAACAAAGUUUCACCAACACUGAGGUCAGUGAGUGUGCUAGUGUUGACAAGUCUUGUGUAAGUGGAGAAAUGGCAAAUUCCUGUGAUUUUAAUGAGAGCAGGAAGACCAGCAUCUGUAGAGCAAGUACUGGCAGUGAUGCUAGUGAUGAGAGCAGCACCAGUAGUUUGAGCAGUGUCGUGUAUAAACCACACAAGGCCAAUGACAUAAGAUGGGAAGCGAUUCAAGCUGUCCGAGCUCGAGAUGGGAUGUUGGAAAUGAGGCAUUUCAGGUUGUUGAAGCAAUUGGGGUGUGGAGACAUAGGGGUAGUGUAUCUAGUUGAAUUGAGUGGCACAAGAACUUCUUUUGCCAUGAAGAUCAUGGACAAGACCAAGCUGGCGAAUCGCAAGAAGGUUCUGAGGUCUCAGACCGAGAGAGAGAUAUUGCAGUCUUUAGAUCACCCUUUUCUACCCACAUUGUAUACACACUUUGAGACAGAGAUAUUUUCUUGCUUGGUAAUGGAGUUCUGCCCCGGUGGGGACCUGCAUGCACUCAGGCAAAGACAACCAGGGAAGUAUUUUUCGGAGCAUGCCGUCAGGUUUUAUGUGGCAGAAGUUCUCCUUGCUUUGGAGUACUUGCACAUGCUUGGGAUCAUCUACCGAGACCUCAAACCUGAGAAUGUGUUGGUGAGAGAAGAUGGUCACAUAAUGCUUUCAGAUUUUGAUCUCUCUCUAAGGUGCACUGUCAGUCCAACUCUAGUAAAGUCAUCAAUUAACAGCUUGGAGACAAAAAGCUCAGGAUACUGCAUUCAGCCUGCUUGCAUUGAGCCAACUUGUGUAAUGCAGCCAGACUGCAUCCAACCAGCAUGCUUCACGCCACGCUUUCUAUCCGGAAAAUCCAAGAAAGACAAAAAGUUCAAACCAAAGAAUGACAUGCAUCACCAAGUGACCCCUCUUCCUGAGCUAAUUGCUGAGCCAACAAAUGCCAGAUCAAUGUCCUUUGUGGGGACACACGAGUACUUGGCGCCGGAGAUCAUCAAGGGUGAAGGGCACGGAAGUGCCGUGGACUGGUGGACAUUUGGGAUAUUCUUGUAUGAGCUUUUGUUUGGCAGAACACCAUUCAAAGGUUCAGUGAAUCGUGCAACACUGUUUAACGUAAUUGGGCAGCCUCUACGGUUUCCAGAAUCUCCUAGUGUCAGCUUUGCUGCCAGGGACUUGAUCAGGGGCUUGCUUGUGAAAGAGCCUCAGCAUCGUCUUGCCUAUAGACGUGGUGCGACAGAGAUAAAACAGCAUCCAUUCUUUCAGAAUGUUAACUGGGCACUGAUCCGUUGUGCAAAUCCUCCAGAGGUGCCAAGACAGGUUAUGAAGCUUGCUCAAACGGAAAAGGAGCUUGGUGUGAAGCCUUCGGGUAAUUAUUUAGAUAUUGAUUUCUUUUGAUACUUAUGUGCGACUAUGUCCAUUUUCUCCUUUGGACUAGUUUCCAGUUUCCAUCUCUCAUUUGUGGUGUUUCAUGUUUGUGUGUCCAACAUGGUUCUUUCCUUUGCCUAAAAAGGAUGCUAUGUUCUCAACUACAUUGUUGAUCAGCACUUAUAAUUGUCCAUGCAAAACUGUUGUAAGAAAUUUCACAUGCUUUAUAUUGAGUAACAAAGUUUCUGUUCUCUUGUUUA